UUUAAUUAAUUAUAGAAAUUAAUAAUUUACUUUUAUGACUUAGUUAAUUUGUUAAUGCUAAAAUAAUAAUAUAAUUCAUAAAAUAUCAACUGUAACAAAUGUAUACUAUCAUCUCAAGUUUUAUAAAAAAAUUAGUGGAUUAUACCACCUAUUAAUAUAAUAAAAUUUAAUUGGAUGGAUUUGAAAGUGACACAUGUUAAUCUUUUUUUUCAACUCCAUCUUUAAAAUUAAUCUGGAAUAAUUGCCCAAUCAUUUUAGUUUAAAAUUAUAGUUUUUGCAUUAGUUUCUAUAUAAACAUGGAUUCCAAUGAUAAACGUUGGACUAAGAUUGACAAAGAUCCCAAAUUUAAAAAAAUACCAAAAUCAGAACGAAAAGUUAAAAUAGAUAAGAGGUUUCAAUCUAUAUUCAAAGAUAAAAAGUUUAAAGUCAAGUAUACUAUAGAUAAAAGAGGACGACCUUUACAUAGAUCAACUACUGAUGAUUUUAAAAAAUUUUAUCAUAUGUCUGAUGAAGAAGAUAAUGAUCAAGGAGUUGAAGAUGAUAAUUAUAUGAAAAAAAAUGAUUUUAAUGAAUCUGAAUCAUCCUCUGAUGAGGUAAAAAAUAUUACAGAUAUAGAAGAAGAAGAUGAAAAAUAUAGUUCAAAAAUAGAUAAAAAAGUAAGGAACCGACUAAAAGAUAUCACAGUAGAUUAUGCAAGGGGUGAUGGAAUUAUAAUGACAGAUAGUUCAUCUGAUGAUGAUACUACUUCUGAUGAAGAAAAUGAUAGUGUAGAAAAUGUAUAUCAUAGAUGGGGUGAGUUGGAUAAAGAUGCUGUUACUAUAGAAAAUGCUACAUCAAGAUUAGCAUUAUGCAAUAUGGAUUGGGAUAGAAUACAAGCUGUUGAUAUAAUGAUACUUUUAAACUCAUUUGCUCCAACUGACGGCUUUAUUAAAUCAGUAACUAUAUAUCCAUCUGAAUUUGGUAUGAAAAGAAUGGAAGAAGAAGAAGUUAAAGGACCUCCUGAACUUGUAUCAGAAAAUCCAGUUGAUAUUGGUUCAUCUGAUGAUAAUAGUGAUGAUGAAGAUCAAGAAGGUAAAAAAUACCAUAUGGAAAAAUUGCGUAAAUAUCAACUAACAAGGCUAAAAUAUUAUUAUGCUAUCAUUGAUUGUGACUCAGUAGAAACAGCAAACAAAAUAUAUACUGAAUGUGAUGGUAUUGAAUAUGAAAGUAGUGCUACUCGUUUAGAUUUGCGGUUUGUACCAGAAGACACUGAAUUUGAUCAAGAACCUAAAGAAGUAUGUGAUAAAUUACCUGAUUUGGCGAAGUAUAAACCUCAUCUAUUUACGACAACAGCAUUACAACAAGCAAAAGUUAACCUAACAUGGGAUGAAACUGAUCCUAGACGUAAAGAAUUAGUUAGUAAACUUAAAACAAACCCAAAAACUGAAAUAGAUGAUAGCGCUCUACAAAAAUAUGUAGCAUUCAGCUCCGAAGAUGAAAAAAGUGAUAGUCAAAAUGAUGAAACUAGUGAAAACAAUGAUAAUGAUGAGCCAAAAAAAAAUCCUAUUGAUAAAUAUAAAGAAUUGUUACAAAAUAUUCAGAAAGAAGAAGACAAGAAAAAUAAUAAAGACAUGGAAUUAGAAAUAUCUUGGGGUAUAGGAACUCAAGAAAAGGUGCAGAAAACAGUUGAAGAGAAAUCUAAAAAGAAUUUAACACCAUUCCAAAAAAUGAUGGAAAAGAAAAAAGAAAAAAUGAGAGAGAAACAAAAGUUAAAAAAAGAAAAAAGGACUGAAAAUGAUGGAGAGUCGGGAGAUGAAAUUAAUUCCAAAAAUACUAACAAACAAGCUGAAUUAGAAUUAUUAUUAAUGGAUGAAGAAUCCUCUAAUAAACAUCAUUUCAAUAUGAAGAUUAUACAAGACAAAUCAAGAAAAUUAAAAAAUAAAAAUAAAACUAUUGAAACAACCGAUGAUUUUGAUGUUGAUGUAAAAGAUGAUAGAUUUUCAGCUUUAUACACAUCUCAUCUAUUUAAUAUUGAUCCAGCAGAUCCAAAAUUCAAAAGAUCCAAAGGAAUGGAAGCUUUUAUAACUGAGAAAGCUAAUAGACGUCAAUUAAUAGACAAUCAAAAAGUUAAUGAGCUACCUGAAAAAAAAUCAAAAAUUAGCAUUAACAACCCUGAACUAGCUAAUCUUCUUAAAUCAGUGAAAUAUAAAACAAAAAAUAGGAAAUAAAGAGAAUAUUUAUUAAAGGGUUAUUUUUUUUUAGACACAAUAUAUUAUUUUCAUGUGUGGUAUAUGAAAAAUUUAUCAUUUGUAGUGUUUGAUUUUUGAACCGAUUUCUUUCAAUGA